GGUUCAAAAUUGACCCAUUUCACCAUUUUCCAACACAUCCAAUACGGUCUCAUUCUUGAAUGUGCCUUGAAGUGUGUGACUGUAAAAAGGUACUCAGUUUGCAUUUAAUCCUAAAUUGAUUGCGCUUACCAACAGAUUCUAUGCUAUAGAUAGACACUGGAGUCGAGGACUAUUAAUGGCUGUUCCAUCCAUUCGUUGGUGUUGCUUCCAACAUCUUUUCUCAAUUUGGACCUUUCCCUAUGCUCACUAGUCGACUCAUCUUGGUAAUCAGACCCUGGUUUCUAUAAAUUGCAGGACAUCUCUUCAUUCCAAAAUACAACAAUCGCGUAACUUUCUUGGAUUAAUUCUUUAUAUCAUUGCCCACUUUGAAGAUGAAGACAGCAAUGAGCUUUGCAUUGUGCUUGGCAGUGGUGGUUCUGUUUGUUGGAAAAUUACAAGUGACGGAGGCGGUCAAUUGCAGCCCGCUAGAGCUGAGCUCGUGCGCGGGGGCAAUAAUGAUGUCGCUGCCUCCAUCAGAUACUUGCUGCAGAAAGCUGAAGGAGCAGGAGCCUUGCCUUUGUGGGUAUAUAAGAAAUCCAAGCCUGAGUCAGUAUGUUAACUCUCCCAAUGCCAGAAGGGUUGCUAACAUCUGUGGCGUGCCAACUCCUAGAUGCUAAUCUGAAAAAUUCACCGAACUGUUGUAGUGCUCUAUUUUAAGAGCACGAAUUGUCUUGCUGGCUGUUUAUCUCCUUGACUUUUCUAAUAAAAUGGCUUUGAUUUAUCCC